AUUCCAAAACAUAAAGCAGCAACUUUAACUUGAACAAAAAAAAACUUGCACACUUGGGGCCAUUAAAUGUAAUUUUUAAUUAAAUUUCAUUUCGUAUUGUAAGGAGUUUAAUGUCAAACAGAAAAUAAUAUGGAGGCUUCUCACUCUCCUGUAAUGUAUGUGGAUAUAAGUGGUCAACGGUACCCUUUGGAGUUGGGGCUAAUUUAUUUAUUUGGUAAGAAAUUGCCCUCAAAAGACCAUGAAGGUGAAAGCAAAAUUGUGUUUAACAUCGAAAAGGAGGAUGUUGAUGAGCGUCACUGUUGUGUGAUGGUAUCUGUUAGCGAAGAUGUCUAUGUAUUUGAUUUGUUCAGCUCUCAUGGUACAUUCCUCAAUGGUGAACGUCUCAAGCCCUUGGAUAAGAUGUGUGUUAAGAAUGGCGAUGUUAUGAAGCUGGGUCUAAUGCAGAGUGUACGCUUUUAUCAUGAACAGCUGGAAAUGUCCCAUGACAGCAGCGGCUUUGGAGAUAACAAUAAAAAUAAUUCAGAUAUAAUUGGCUCUAGCCCAGAGUCGACUUCUCAAAAGGAAUCGCGUUUGAAGCGUCUAAAUAACCAAAGCAAUGAUAAUUUCCUAGUACCAGCUGUGCCGCCUAUACAAGCAAAGCCAUCGAGAUACAGCUCAAGUUUUUUGGUGCCAGAGACUGAGUCAUUGUCAAGUAGCCGCAGAAGCUCAUUGGAUGUGUUGAAUAGUUCGCAGCAUAAAAAACGAGACAGUGAUAGUUUUAUUAUACCCGAAACCCAGCAUAGUGGUGGUAGAACAUCCACCGGUUCCAACCUAUCAAUAGCCGAAAGUAUACCCGAUGAGGAGAAGACCAAAUCUGGCAUCAAUUUGAAUGUUUCCGAGAAUGAAGAUGAUGAUUUUUGUAUACCCGAAACUCAAGAAAUGGUUAUGAACAGCGAAAGACCCAGGCUACUGAAGGAUAAUCCACAAGUGAAUAACCUAAAAACCUUAGAGGAAAAAUCAGUCGAUUUAAAUGACUCAGAGGAGGAUGAGACGGAUGAUGCCAUGUUGGGUGGCAGUCAAAUAAGAAUUUGUACACAGGACUUCAACGAUGGAUUUGGUGAAGAAGAAAAUAUGUCCAUACAGUCACAGGUCAUACCUAUUAUUAGACACAACCCAGUGCUAUUGAAUGGUAGCAGUGUGACCAAAAGCCCUGUAAUAGCUGUAAACAAAGCAAAUGAAGACGAGUCGUCAACAAAGCCACAAAGCACAGCAUUUGAUGAAGAGGACAGAGAGGUAGCCAAUAUAAAUUGGUCAACAAAUCAGCAGUCCAAGUCAGAGGAAGAGGCAAAUAAUUUAAAUUGUACAACUCCGGAUUUAUUUGAUUGUCAGGCAUUGGAAAAUGGCGUAGCUCCCCUUGGAAUGGCUGAAAAUGAGGUGGCAAAUGAUGUUAACCUAUUUGAGAAUGAUGCCAAUCCAGCUUUAGAAGAUGAGGAGGAUUAUAUGGCAACGCAAUUAUUCCCCAUAUCCAAUAACAGUGCAAAAAAAGUCGGCGAUAAACCCAAAGCAACUAAAGACAAGAACAUUUUUAAUGGCAAAGAAGAUGAGCCAUUCUUGACUUUAAGCGAUAAGGAGAAUAUGCAUCCGGAUAGAAUUGAACCCAUCAGUGAGUUGCCACCCACACAACUCUUUGCCACGGGUGAGGUUGCCAACGAACGUUCUUCCGCUUCUACGUUUUCACGUAAAAGUAGUCAACAUAAUGUAGAGGAUAAGCCAAAUGCUUCCACUGUCGUACUAGAUGUUCCAGCAACAAUUAAUAACGAGCAGACAGGCAAUGGCAUAUCAAUGGCUGAAUUAAUGCCCGAUGAAGAAGAUGAUAUAUUGACACAAGCCUUUGUACCACCACCACCACCUCCAUCAAAAUCUAUGCCUAAGGCAGCUACAAAAGACGCCACACCCAAUUAUUUCAACUCCACAUUGUUGGAUGAUAGACCAUUGGACAAAAAUCCCGCUUCCUUUUUUGCUGAAAUGGAAAAAACUCCAAAGAAGGAUAUUUUAAGUUCUUUCAAAUUACCCGAAAAGACAUUUAGUGCGGCUAGAAAAACCUCAUCAGCUGCCAGUACCACCUCCACAGAUUCGGAUAUGGAUUUAUUAUUUAUGUGUACCCCACAACUGAUCAAAGAACACAUGCCAUACUCCAAAUCUGAGGACCUGAAGAAAACUAUUCUGGCGGCAAAGAACAAAAAUUUAUUCGGAGAAGAUACCGAUGAGGGCGAGGAUUUCCAAGAGAUUGAUGAGAAAAAAACUAACGAUAAUUGCCUUGUGCAGCUUAUAAAUGUGCCAAAAGAAUCCAAAGAUUUCGAUAGACUUUUACCACAUUUGAAGCUUGAUAAUAACAAUGUUGCUAACAAGAAAAAUUCAUUGUCCCUAGAGCAACAGGCUGUUAAAGAGGCUGCAAAAGAAUACAAAUUUAGAAUAUCUUUUGGCCAUGAGCACUCAAGCAAUGAUACUAAAACAAACAAUAAAUCAUCAACAUUAAGCCGCGAUGAACGCCAUGCCACCCGGGAUAAGGAAAAGGAAAAACGUAAAAUUCAUAAUGGUGGUGAUGAGAAAAGAAAAACUAAAACUAAAAAUGAAAAUCCCAAGCUAGAUGAUAGAGAUAAGGAAAGCCGUAAAACUCUCAAUGAUGAAGAACAUAAAAGUUCUCGAAGAAAUAAAACGGAAAACUUUAAAAAGACAGACAGUGUUAAAGAAGCUCAUAAAGCAACCAGAGAUGACAAUAAAGGUAUUCAACAGGAUGAGUUUAGUAAAUCAACAUCUUCCUCAUUGUCCAAAGAGGAGGAAAGAGACAAAAAUGCUAAGAAAGUAAGGUCCAGAAGAAAUACCAAGUCCUCUGCCCCAUCAAGCUUAGACAACACCUCUGGCAAAACUGAUAAAGAAGUGUCCAGCAAAUCGGAUGAAGCAAACAGUCGACAGCAUAGAGAAAAAGAAAAUAACAAGAAACCAAAUUCAGACAAAACAGAUGAGGAAGCUACUACAACCAAAACGAAUGAAACAACAAGUUUGAAAGAGGCAAAGGAAACUAGCAGCACAAAUAUAUCUAAAGGCGAAGAUAAUAAAGAAGCUCCUAACAAACGCAGUAGAACAAGCAGGGCAGUAAAGGAAAAACAAGUAGACGAGCAGAAGAAACCAACCUCUAAUACAAAUGGAAAAGGUCAAAAUGUGGAAGUUUUGCCUGCCAAACAAACCACUAAAAGGAAGCAAAAAGAAAAGGAGGAAACGGCUGUAAAGCCUACAAGACGAAACACCAGACUACUAUCGGCCAAUAAAGAUGACGAAGAAACACAGAAAGUAUUAGAGAGACCCAGCAGACGCCAAACCAGAUUGCGAUCUGGGGAAAAGUCUUCAAACACUAGUGAAGAAGCUGCAAUAACCAAGACAACUCAAGCGGCUAAACGUAGCACUAGGCUAAAGUCGCAGGCCAGUACUAAAUCGGGUGAAACAUCAGAUAAUUUGGAUUCCAUAUUAACACAGCCAUUCAUACGCGCCACACGUACUCGAUCUCGUUCGAGUCAAAAAGAUAACGACAAUGAGGUAAAAUCCCAUGUUUCAUCACAUUUGAGCUCCAGUGCAACUGUAAAUGAAAGUAAUUCUACGCCUAAUACCAAUAUGGCUGUAAAACUGGAGGCUGCUGUAAACAAACCCGGAAGGAAACGCAAAACUGAUAUUCCAGCGCCCGAACAGAUUGUUGAACAAAAACGCUCCAAGCGUACAAUAUCCCAAGAUUCCUGCAACUCAUUAGAAAGAUUAUCAUCAUCAUCAUCGCUUUCCUCCCGGCCUUUAAUAUCAAUAACUAUGGUAGAACCAGAAAGAUUUAAUGAAUUAAACGCCAACUGCAAAGGUCAAUGGGCUGUCGCCAAGGAUCCCAAAGAAAGCGACAUUUUAGUAAUGGACAACUCAUUCCGUACAUUUAAGUUUUUAUUGGCCAUGGCUCGUGGCAUACCAAUUGUAAAAUCCCAGUGGUUGAGUGAUAUAAAUAAGACCAAACCCGGAAAGUCCCUGCCGCCGAUAAUCAAAUAUAUGUUAAAUGACCCAGUGUUUGAGAAAAAGCAUAAAUUCAGCUUGGAGACAUCGCUGCAGCAAAGAAGGCAAAACAAAAAAGGCAUAUUUGAUGGUUACGAAUUUGUAAUGACGCCAAACAUAAAACCAAGUCCAGCUGAGAUAAAAGCUGUCAUUGAAGUUUCCGGAGGUAUUGUUCAUACAAAGGCACCGCCGCCCCCUAAGGAGAAUCAAAAGCUAUAUCUAGUUUCUUCACCAGAUGAUCGCAAAGAUUGGCAUAAAUAUAGACGUGUAAAUUCCAAUAUAAUAAUCAUUGCCACCGAAGCCAUCAUGUCCGCCAUAAUGCGCCAGAACUGUACACCCUUAAGCAAUCAUGUAUUGGCUUAAGGCACAUGGCAGGCGUAGCUCAUUCAACUUCAAAAAAAAAUGCAAAUAUUCGUUUCAUAGUUUUUUAAUGAACACUCAUAUUUUCGAUAAGAAUUUGUACAAAUGUAUCCCCCUGAACCCGGAGUUCUUAAGGCAUUUAUGCAUUAUUUUCGAAUUUUUUUUUAUUGUUAAAAAAUUGUUUGUUUUUAGAUAGGUGUAUGUUAUAUAUCGACCAGAUAGAAUUAAUGAGGGCUUUGUUUGAAAAGGGAGACAUUUUUGUUUUUUCCUUUUUGUUCGUAUUACAUGUAUGUGUCUUUGUUAAAUGGACUUUUCGAGUACGGGUUAUAAUUUUUUAUAAGAUAUAACUCCACUCGAAGUAAUCUAAUAAAGAAAUCAAAUUUUUGUGGCUUUUUAUUGGAAGUCACAAGUAAUUUUA